AUGAUUCAAAUAAGUCAAGAACAGUUGGACCAUAUCAACUUACAAUUAGGUAAAUUAACUCCUCAAGAAAUAAUUAAAUGGAGUUAUAUCACCUUUCCUAAUUUAUUUCAAAUUUCUGCCUUUGGGUUAACAGGUUUAAUCACCAUUGAUAUUAUUAAUAAGUUAGAAUUACCAAUAGAAUUAGUUUUCAUUGACACUUUAUAUCAUUUCCCACAAACUUUAGAAUUGGUCGAUAAGAUAAAAUCUAAAUAUAAUCCAAAAUUGCAUAUCUUCAAACCCCAAGUUAAAGAUGUUACUGAAUUCGAAUCCAAGUAUGGUAAUAAUUUAUGGGAAACUGAUGAUUUGAAAUAUGAUUUCUUAGUUAAAGUUGAACCAUUGAAAAGAGCAUACGAAGAAUUAAAAAUCAAUGCAGUAUUAACAGGUCGUAGAUCAUCUCAAGGAGGUGCACGUAGAGGACUUGAAUUCAUUGAGAUUGAUCGUGAUAACAACGUAAUCAAGGUAAACCCAUUCUUAACUUGGAAUUUCAAUCAAGUCAAAUCAUAUAUUGAUGAAAAUAAUGUCCCAUAUAAUGAAUUACUUGAUUUGGGAUAUAAAUCAAUUGGAGAUUGGCAUUCAACUGAACCUGUAGGAGAAAACGAAGAUGAAAGAAGUGGUAGAUGGAAAGGAAAGGCUAAGACGGAAUGUGGAAUCCACCAAACAAGUAAAUAUGCAGAAUUUUUAAAAUCUCAAUAA